AUGACCACAAUGCCGAGACGACUGGAGGUCCAGAGCUCGAUCCUCACUGGUGGGGACAGCUUUAACAUGUGGCACGACUACAUGAAUCUAAGCCAAGUGUUCGAGAAACUGUGCAGCAACCGUGAGGUUAAUAACCGAGACACCGAGCGUCCAAAGAAGGGACAAGCGCCCCCCUGGAGUAAGGUCCACACUUCCACUCGGGGGAAGAAAUCCUCCAAAAACUCAUCGCAGUCCAGUCCGACCAGCAGCGCGUCGGACACCAGCAGCAGCGCGUCAUCCUCGGACUACUGCCGCUUCUGCAAGCAAAACGGGGAGACUCCGAGGGUGUACCGAUCUCACAAGCUGAAAUCAGACGACGGGAAAGUUUUCUGCCCCAUCCUCCGGAACUACACUUGCCCGAUCUGCGAAGCCACCGGUGACAGCGCUCACACACGCAGGUACUGCCCGCAGAUGAAGUGGGAGGCGGCUGGGAGGAUGCAGACGGGAGUCAAGUUCUGGUAGCUGCUGAAAACUGAAGCUGCGAGAAACUGUACAUAUUUACCGAACUGUUUGGGGUAUGUGUUCGUGUUGGCAGAGACCGUUUCAGUUCCAAAGACUGUUUCAAGUUUGACUGUCAAACACUCCGCUGCAGUCUGCAGUAAGGAGCCCUCAUCCAUCACAUCUGCGCUCGCCAGUACGCGCAGGCUCAACGGGAGAAAUCUGCGCCAGCUUUGAGGGUGUCCCAAGUUCUGCCAGCUACUGAA